ACUCCCUCCCAAAUUCUCACAUUCAGGGCCAGAUCUACAUGGCACCCACUUUUUACCACUACCUGCCUGUGUCCAGAACUGAGUGCUCAGAGUCCAUGCUGUCAGGCUGGAGUCUGGGGUGGCGGGGGUGGCUGGGGGGCUUCCUGAUCCUGGCGGUGGUGCUGGGUUUGUCUGUGGGCCUGAUCAUCAGUGUCCACAGCAAAGCCUGUAAGGAUGGCCUCCUAGCAGAGCAGGAGUGUCACAAUGCUACCCGCCUCCUGGAGGUCCGGCUAACCCAAACCCAGGAAGUCUUACAGAGGACCCAGGCCCAGGCUGCCACCUGCAACGAGACUUUGGUUACCCUGUCGGCUUCCCUGGAGAUGGAGAAGGCCCAGGGCCAGGAGUGGCGCGCGAAAGAGGAGGAGCUUCGGGGAGAGAUUGAGGAGUUGAAGCGGAGGCUACAGAACGCUUUGGAGGAGGUGGAGCGACUAAGAAAAGAGAAUGAGGCCUCAAGCCCGGAAAAGGAAACCACGUCUGCCAGCUCCCCGUCGAAGGCGCUCAGCACCUUGGUGGCCCCUGGGCACCUGCUCCUGGUCCUCAGUGUCCUGCUGACCUGAGGUCCCUGCCGGCCACAGUCUGGACCGAUCCCUCCCUGCUCUGCUUUCAACCCUUGGAGGCUUCCCUGACCUGACCUGUUGUGCGGUGGCUGCACUGCGGCACAGUGGGGGAGGGGGGCCCAGGGAGCAGCGGGGCUGGACAAGCAGGGGCGUUGGCUCAGGGCCACCUCCCCCUCUGGCCUCCCUCCCCUCUGCUCCCCGCAGAGCACCGGGUGGGGAGACCUGCUUCUUGCUGUUACGGUUUUGGAAGGUCUUCUGAGGUCUUUGACCUCCAAGAAGUAAAGACUGUUACUCUGAA